AUGAUUCUGGGAUGUGGAACGCUUUCUAAGGAACCAGAACUGGUGGAACCGAUUCAGAACGUGACCGUGGUAGCAGGAAGAGAUGUCAAGUUGUCUUGCGUCGUGGAUAACCUCGGCACUUACAAGGUGGCGUGGAUCGCCUUCGACAAGUCAGCCAUCCUGACGGUGCAGGACAGCGUGAUCACCCGGAACCCGCGCGUCAGUGUCUCCCACGACGGCCAACGCACCUGGACGCUGCACCUGUCGAAGGUCAACGCCUCUGACGCCGGAACCUACAUGUGCCAGGUCAACACCAUCGUCGCUAAGAGUCAGCUGGGCAUCUUGAAGGUCGUGGUGCCGCCUUACAUCGUGGACAACCGUAGCUCUCGAGACAUGAUGGUGCAAGAAGGUGCCAGCCUUAACCUCACCUGCAGUGCCACGGGGACGCCUCCUCCCUCUAUCACAUGGCGCAGGGAAGACCACAUGAAAAUCAACAUCAAUAAGACAUACCAAACUACGGAGUACGAAGGAGCCAGCCUGCCUCUCGCCAGGGUGAGCAGAAUGGACAUGGCUGCCUAUCUUUGCAUCGCUCGUAACGGCGUCCCUCCUAUUGUCAGCAAGAGGAUUCAAGUCAGUGUAAAUUUCCCGCCCAUGAUGAGCAUCCCGCACCAGCUCGUGGGCGCCCCCUUGGGUUACAGCAUCACCCUGGAGUGCACCAUCGAGGCUCAUCCCCCCGCCCUCACCUACUGGACAAGGGGACAGGAUGUCAUGCUACAUCAGAGCAACAAGUACCAUAUUGACGAAAAGCCCGGGGAAGUGUCCUAUCUCACGCACAUGAAACUCACCAUCAGCAACCUGAAGAAGAGCGACUUCGGUUCCUACAAGUGUGUGGCCAAGAACUCGCGCGGAGAAACGGAGGGACUCAUCAAGCUCUAUGAGACUGAUCCACCGACGCCUACACCCACCAAUCCUCCAUCUUACCUCGAUAAGCUGUUUAAAGAAUUCCACUACAAGACGACGAAUAGCGUAGGAGGGAAAGGAGAUAAAAUGAUGCUGGAAAACCAAGCAGGUGAUGGACAGCAAGACAUCCUUCAGGACUACGACAUCGCAGGAGACUCGGAGCUCGGAAGGAGGGAAGGAGGGAAGGAGAACAGCAGGAGGAUGGAGGAUGAGAGAAGACGAGGGAGAGACGGGGAAGAGGAGGAGGAGGAGGAGGAUAGAGAGAGACAAGGGCGCUACCUGACGACUGUUUUGAAUCGCGGUUCGUGUGGCAGCGAGUCGACGUUGCAACAGCUCCUUCUCACGCUCGCCUGUUUGCAGCUCUACCUCCUCCUGUUGUGAUAAAACGUUCAGUGCCGUUCAACUGUCGCUGCAGUGUUGCAAGGCAAUGCUCAUUACAUUCCCCGGAACUGAUACCGAAGCUGUAGACCUUCCUGUAGUAGACGACGACGAACUCAAAGACCACAAAAGAAAGGACUCAAGACUGAAAAAAAUAGAAGAAAUGAAGGAAAAUACGAAAGAAGGUGAAACAAACAUGGAUAGAUGAGAAAACCGAUUAAGACUAAGAAGAUUAAGAAGAAGAAGAAAGGAGAAGGAAAAAGAUGAUGGUGAAGAAGAAGAAAAGAUAAAGAAACAGGAAAUGAUAGACAUAUACAAUUAAUUAAUCUAUUUAUUUAUUCAUCUCUAAAUCUUUUCAAAUUCUCUCUUAAUUUUCUGUACCUUACGUCCGCGUCUCAUAUUCCGUGUUUUGACAUUUAUUAGAAUAAGAAACGGAGAUUGGAAUAGAAGCAGAGUGAGCUGACUGGAAUUGAGGAAAAGGAAUAAAAAUGAAAACAGAUAGAAUGAAA